AUGUUGUAUUUGUAUCUCGUCGUUGGAACAGAGGCGGUCAGUGCAACUCUCGUCAAAGAAUCACAAGAAGGACAAAGGCAUGUCUAUUUUAUUAGCAAAGUUUUACAAGGCGUUGAGCUUCGGUACCAACAGGUUGAAAAUGUGGCAUUAACACUCAUCUUUGCUGCAAGGCGGUUAAGGCCAUAUUUCCAGUGUCAUCCAAUCACUGUCAGAACAAAUCAGCCAAUCCGCCAAAUUUUACAUAAGCCAGAUCUAGCUGGAAGAAUGAUGUCCUGGGCGAUAGAAUUGUCGGAGUACCAGAUCGCCUACGAAUCGAGAAUUGCCAUUAAGGCUCAAGCCUUGACAGACUUCAUCGCCGAAAUAACGCAAAGCCCUCCCCUUGAGAAUCAUGCAACAGAAACGCCUUCAGCUGGAAUCUGGAAACUAUAUGUUGACGGCUCUUCAAACGCCAAAGGAUCGGGCGCUGGAAUGAUAGUUGAAAACCCAAACGGUGUAGCGCUCGAACACUCUUUGUCUUUUGACUUCAACGCCACAAAUAACCAAGCAGAAUAUGAGGCCAUGAUAGCCGUUCUGCUCCAAGCAAAAGAAAUGGGCGCCAGACGUCUCAAAGUCUUCACUGGCUCCCAGCUGGUAACUUUUCAAAUCUCAGGCGAAUACCAUACCAAAGGACCGUUAAUGUGCAGGUACCUAGAAAAGGUCAAAGAAUUGAUUGAAAGUUUUAAAGCCGUUGAAGUGGAGCAUAUAAGACGAGCUGAAAAUACCCGGGCAGAUAUCCUCGCCAAAUUGGCGAGCACCAAAAGCUCAGGAAACAACCGAUCAGUAAUCCAGCAUAACAUGCCAAGCCCAUGCAUUGUGAUGAGUAUUUCAAACCCGCCAGAGGAAGUCGCUGAAGAAACCUGGACAACACCAAUCAUCAACUACUUGGCUGAAGGAGUUUUUCCCCAAGAUAAAAAAGAAGGCCAAAAGAUAAUACGGCGAUGCGCGCAUUUCUGCCUAGUGAAAGGACGGUUGUAUAAAAGGGGGCUCUCAACCCCACUCUUGAAAUGUUUGGUCCCUAAUGACGUUCAAUACGUGAUAGAAGAAAUUCAUGAAGGUAUUAACGGCCACCAUUUAGGCGGUCACUCACUGGUAAAGAAAGCAUUAAGAGCAGGGUUUUACUGGCCAACCAUGGAGCAUGACGCCCACGAACACGUCAAGAAAUGCGAAAAAUGCCAAAGAUUUGCUGAUAUACACAGAGCGCCACCGGAAGAGCUGACGUCAAUCACAUCACCAUGGCCUUUCUACAAGUGGGGAAUUGACAUUCUAGGCCCUUUCCCCAUGGCGGCUGGCCGAGUCCAAUGGCUGAUUGUUGCCAUUGACUACUUUACCAAAUGGGUAGAGGCAGAACCCUUGGCCACCAUCACGUCCCAAAAAGCAAGAAGGUUCUUUUGGAGAAGCAUCGUCUACCGAUUCGGUAUCCCAGGAGAGGUCAUUACCGAUAACGACACUCAAUUUACUGAUACAAAGUUCCGUGAACUAAUGAGCAGUCUACAGAUACGACACUAUUUUUCCGCCGUAGAACACCCUCAAUCCAACGGCUUAGUAGAGUUAGCCAACAAAAUAUUGGGGAAAGGAAUCAAGAAGAAGUUGGAAGCACACAAAGGAGCAUGGUUAGAGAACCUUGACAACGUCCUAUGGGGGUACAGGACUACCACCCAGUCUUCCACCAGAGAAACGCCCUUCAGAUUGACCUAUGGUGCCGAAGCCAUGAUCCCUGUGGAAGUAGGUGAACCCUCCUGGCGACGAGAACACGUGACCGAGGUCACCAACAACCAACAUUUGAAGGAAGCACUUGACUUGCUGGACGAAAUCAGAGGAUAUGCUGCCCACAAUGAUCGCCAGUCAAAAGAAAGGUCAGCCACUUAUUACAACAAGAAAGUCAUUCCACAAGUUUUUGAGAAAAAGAUCUGGUUCUCAGAAGAGCGGACAUUGGAAACAAGAAUGCCCGAGAAGAAAAGCUCGCCCCAAACUGGGAAGGUCCCUACCGAAUAG